GUACGGAUCUUUCUGCCCAUACCAUAGGCUCAAAGAAUUGGCUGCACCUGACCACCAUGAAAAUCAGCCUCUUCUAAUGGUAGUACUUUUGAGGUCUUCUCUGGAAAUCACUCAUCUCGAUGCCGAUGCAAAGAGUAGCAUCACUUAUGCUGACUCCCGAUGGUAGCAGAUUUGUAUGACGCCAUGUCCGAGGUAUCCCUUCCCAAUACUGGUAUUUAGAUGCGGUUGAAGCUUGUACGCUUCGGAACGGCCGAACAGGAGAGGAAACAAGGCCCUACUGACAACAGGAUCCCUGAUGGCAAUGGACCAAGUCCAGGUGGCAAUUAUAACAAAUGUUCCCCAUACUUCGGCCUGUCUAUAUAUCUUCCCCUGAACGAAUCUUGUCUUAAUAUAGGUUGUCAAGCAGUCCUCACACAACAAAGACACCACGCUCAUUUACAAAAGAACGUAAACCAUCUCUCGACCAGAAACGCCCAGGCGUCAGCAAGUAAACAGACACCAUGCAGCUACCAACAUUAGCUGUUGCUUUGCUUGUAGCAAGCACGUCUGUCAUAGCUGCACCAGCUCAUAGACAAUCUCAACUCAACAAGCAAGCUAUUCCACAGUUGUCUACUCAGGAGCAAAUACAGAGUGGAAAUCAUUUCUCUGACGGGCUUCGUGGGUUCGUCAAACGAUGGAAUCUGUUCAACAACCAAGAGGUCAAUGACCAGGAGGAGCACAUCAAACAUCGGUUCACCUAUCCCAUCAAUCGUGCACCAGCCGACGUCCGCGCGGACACAGAUUCAGCGGCGGGCCCUCCAGCGACAGCUCCUCCGGCAUCCGCCCCUCCAGCAUCCGCACCGCCGGCAUCCGCUCCACCAUCAUCGGCUCCACCAUCAUCGGCUCCUCCGGCAUCCCCUCCUCCAGUGUCCGCUCCCCCAGUGUCCGCUCCCCCAGUGUCCGUUCCCCCAGUGUCCGUUCCCCCAGUGUCCGUUCCCCCAGUGUCCGUUCCCCCAGCUCCUCCGGGUACCGAACCCCCAGUAUCGCCUCCGGUGCCAACGCCCACGGGUCCCAUCGUCACUGGAACCGGCGGUCCUAUAGCAGAAGGCAACUCCUCUGCCGCAGGUGUUUUUCCCAACUCCACGAGCAUUGCUCCCCUACCUACACCCUCCAAUGCAACUCUCACAGCCCCUUUACUCACCUCAGCAGCACCCUCCAUCCCAGCAGUCACUCCCUCAGCAACACCAGUAGCCCCACCAGUUUCCUCAAGCAGCGUCGCUGUCGUGGUGCCCUCAAUCACAUCCCCAAUUCCAGGCAUCAGCUCCGCCAGCGCCGUCGUCGUGCCUCCCUCAGCAACAAGCAAAUCUGCCGCCGGCCCAGUCGUCAUCACUCCCGGUGUAGGCGGUGCCGCCUCCCCGACCACGACUCAGACAGUCCUCAUCACCGCAGACCCCCCGGCCGCCAACGGCGCCCCUGGCGUCAUUGUCGUGAGCAUUACCCAAGCAGCCGGCGAUCCUGUUUCCGUGCCCGCUCCCACAACCGCAGCCGCCACCAAUUUCAUCACCAUCGCCAAUUCCCAGUCCUUCACCAGCACCACCACCGUGAUCAUCGACGCCUUGGUCUCUCAGCCAGCUGGCUUUUCCGUCUUCUCUGGCAUCUCGGGGUUUCCCGAUAACUCUGCAACUGCCAUCGCUCCCUCCAUCGCAACAGCACAAGCAGCAGCUCCAACAGUUGUAGUAAUCGACAUCGUCCCUGCCCCUUCCUCAGCCGCCGCGGGAGGCCAAGCAGCUACCAGUAAUGGCUCCAAUGGCUCUGCUGCCAACUCCAUCGCAGGUGGUGGCUCCCUAGCACCUAUCAUUGUCACAACAGUGACUGCCCCCGUCAUCCUUCCCACCGCUCCACCUACUCCGGUCAUUGUCACUGUCACCAACUCCAAUAAUGCAGCCAACUUGCCGGCUCAGACGGCGGUGGCUAGCACUGUCACUAUUACUCUUGGCAGUGGCGGCGGCGGUGGCAGUGGUGGUAGCUCGGGAUCAGGACCAGGAACAACGACAGUAACUGCCGCACAAGCUCCUCAAGCCCCAGCUCCAAGUAUCAUUUUUGUAACGGUAACUGCUAGCCCAGUCACUGCCAGCGCUCCUUCAAAUACCGGCGCCGGAGCGGGAGGAGGAGGUGGCGGUGGUGGUUCCUCCUGGAGUUGGACUACUACCUUCCCUGGUUUCACGUGGUCUUGGACUUCUCUUGGGUCUACUGGGUUUGCCACUGCUGCACCGAGUGCCUCCGCCCCCGCCGCCCCAGGCUCAGGUUCCGGAAGUGGUGUUGGCGGUGGUGGUGAAGUCGGUAAGGGAGACAGAACAGGCUGGCCGUUCCCGUCGGCGACGGAGGUGGUGACGGCUGUGGCAACGAGUCUUGUGGCGGUGCCGAGUGGGAAUCCAGAUAAUGAGAAGGGGGGUUUUGGUUGA